AGACAAGCGGUCACACUGAUGCGCUCAUAUUAAUAACACCGGAUUAUUAGUGGUGUGCACUAAGAUAUUUAUCAGUUAUUCUGUGUGUUCGGUUAGUUUGCAUUGUUAGUUAAUUAUGUGGUGUGUUUUUGUUAGUUAUCCUGUAGUUAAGUGUGUGUCCGUUGCUAGAAGCUAAGUGCUAAUUCAUCCUGUUCAGACACACUUGUCCUCUCACAGGCCUAGCGUAGCUAGCUUCUGCUAAGCACAGAUAGUUUCUGUUUACAGCAUUAUUCCCGAGUGCUGUCUGGCUCUUAAAGAAGACAUGGUGGACGAGAACGCGGUUGUUAUGCAGCAAAUAUUAGACAGGAGUUGCUGGGUGUGUUUUGCUACGGAUGAAGAUGACCGAACGGCCGAGUGGGUGCGACCGUGCCGAUGUCGCGGCUCCACCAAGUGGGUGCAUCAGGCCUGCCUUCAGCGCUGGGUGGAUGAGAAGCAACGGGGCAACAGCACGGCCCGAGUGGCCUGCCCCCAGUGCAAUGCUGAGUACCUCAUUGUCUUCCCCAAACUUGGACCUAUUGUGUAUGUGCUGGAUCUGGCAGACAGGCUCAUCUCCAAAGCAUGUCCAUUUGCUGCAGCUGGCAUCAUGGUGGGCUCCAUCUACUGGACCGCAGUCACGUAUGGGGCUGUCACGGUAAUGCAGGUGGUGGGCCAUAAAGAAGGGCUGGAUGUGAUGGAGAGAGCUGAUCCUCUCUUUCUCCUCAUUGGACUGCCCACCAUCCCAGUUAUGCUCAUUCUGGGCAAGAUGAUUCGCUGGGAGGAUUAUGUGCUUCGCUUCUGGAGGAAAUAUUCUAACAAGCUGCAAAUCCUCAACAGCUUCUUCCCCGGGCUUGGAUGUCCCGUUCCCAGGAUUCCCGCUGAGGCUAACCCACUGGCUGAUCACGUCUCAGCUACUCGGAUCCUGUGUGGAGCACUGGUGUUCCCAACUAUUGCCACCAUCGUGGGCAAGCUUAUGUUUAGCAGUGUCAACUCCAACCUGCAGAGAACAAUCUUGGGCGGCAUUGCAUUUGUGGCUAUAAAGGGUGCGUUUAAGGUGUACUUCAAACAGCAGCAGUACCUCCGACAGGCUCAUCGCAAGAUCCUCGACUUCCCUGAGCAGGAGGAGGCCUGAGGAUCACACACGAACGGAGAGAUCACGUCAUGGCGUCUGCACCAUCUCCUCUGUGUGUGUAAGUGUGCUGCAGAGCCAGUACCCUUCACUGCAGAUGGAGUCGGCUCUAUCCUGCUUACUGUGACUCCGAUUUUAUAGAUCACGCAUUCGAGGGUGAAGGCAUGGACAGCGGGACGGGUGUUGCAGUACACACUGAUCCCAAACCACUCCCCCUCUCCCCUUCCCUUCACAUUCAGCUGUUCAUGUUUGUCUCAUUGCCUAACAAUGUGAUUUUUUUUCUCCUUCUGUCAGUUUGAUUUGCAGGUUAAUUGUCUUCUGUAAUCAUCGAAGUCAGGAGGGUUUUCUUGCAUCUGUUUUAUAGGUUGAGCUAUUUUUAAAAGAAGAGAGUGAGAUAUGUGGAAUUAUUAAGAGAGUUUUAUGUGAAUAAAUGCUUUUUUAUGUUAAAAUGCCUUUAAGGAGAAAUCACAUGUGAUGGCUGAGAGGUGGUGAUGAAUCAGUGAUUUUACUGUUUGUAUCUAAAAUUCACCCAAAUCACCUCAUUACGUUUUAUGAUGUUUCUGGACACCUGAGCCUAGUCUAAAACUGAUUUAUAGUGAGGAAAUUGAUUUUUUUUUUAAGUUUGUGACUAACGUUAAUUUAAGGUACAGAUACUGCUCAGAGUUUUGAAUUUCUGAGGGUGCCGUGACGGCUGGAUAUACCCGAGCAUGUACACUAAAACUUCUUCUUGUGCUUGAGAUAAAAGGUCUCCUCUAAUGAAUUAUUUAUUAAAAAGCAGUCCAGCAUUUCUCACUUGAA